AUGAGACUCGGCAUUGGGUUGCUCGCGCUGGGCGGCGCGCUUGUGGCGGCAUAUCCCCUGUCGAUGGGGCCGGUCGAGAUUGUCGAGCCGGUAUCAUCAGACCUCCUGCAGGACAUCUACACCUUCGCGGCCUUCACGCGCGCUGCCUACUGCGCCGCCAACCACGACGGCACCAUCGGCAACCUCGUGUGCAGCAACAACGCAAACGCGGGCGCGUGCGACGUCUUCGCCGGCGCGACCACGAUCGUCGAGUUGACCGACUCGGCCGAGGUGGCCGGCAACGUUGUCGUCAGCCACGCGCGCCGCCUCGUCGUCGUCAGCUUCCGCGGCUCCCACCGCUGGUCCGACGUCUGGCGCAACAUCCAGGUGCUGCGCGUCGACGCCCCCGCGCUGUGCGCAGACUGCUCUGUCCACAGGGGCUACUGGAAUGUCUUCCUCAACAUCCGGGACAGGCUGGCCGGGGCGCUGCUCGGCGAGGGGAGGCUGGCAGGGCCGGGGUAUCGGGUUGUGCUGACGGGACAUUCCAUGGGCGGCGCGCUGGCCGCGAUUUCGGCGGCGUACCUGCGCAGCCGGGGGCGGAGCUGCGAUCUCUUCACCUACGGCGCCCCGCACGUGGGCAACCAGGCGCUCGCCGACUUGAUCGGCGGCCCCGGCGGCGUGACGGCGCACGUCGUCAAUGGGGAGGAUCCGAUUGCGUCGCAGCCGCCCCGGUCCAUAGGCUACGCGAGCGUGGUGCCAGAGUACUGGUUCGAGGCAGGCAUCGAAAAGCCCGCCUUCCCGGACAACCUGCGUGUGUGCGACGGCGUGAACAAGAAGAGCGACGAGUGCUCUGCAAAGGUGGGCGGCUGGCUCCCCGUCUUUACGGGGGGGCUGUCGGACCACUCCAUCGACGCGUACAGCAACCGGUCGAUGCCGUGUCCGGGGGAAUAG